ACCAAUGUCGUACGAUCAUUUUCAUUGCUAAAUAUUUUUCCUCAAUCGUCAUAUGGCAACGGAUAAAAAUUAAAAUCUGAUUGAUCUAAUUGUGAAAGAACAAAUGGCAUCAUCAGUAUGUUCCGAUUCAAAUAAUGAAUUCGAAAUCAAUGAAUUAAUAAUACCGACAAAUUAUGGUCAUAUUUCAGCUAAAACAUGGCACCAUAAUAGUCCUGAACGAUUAAAAGUUCUUGCCGUUCAUGGAUGGCAGGACAAUGCGGGAACUUUUGAUCAACUUUUUCCUCAGCUUUCUUCCGAAUCAAUGUAUAUUGUUGCAAUGGAUUUACCUGGUCAUGGAUCCAGUAGUCAUUUGCCUAAAGGUGUUCCAUACACUGAUUCAACAUGGGUGAUUGCGAUUAAGCAAGUUUUAGAAUAUCUAAAUUGGAAAUCCAAUGUUACCAUCAUUGCACAUUCAAUGGGUGCUUUAGCUUCACUUGAUUUUGCAGCAUUGUUUCCCGAAAUCGUAACCCGAUUGAUAAUGAUCGAUACGAUUAAACCACGACUUUAUGAACCCGAUAAAUUGGCCAAAGAAUCAAUGGAUAGCGUUUCAUUGUUUUUACGGACUCAAAAUAUAUCACAUAGACCAAAUUAUAGUUUCGAUGUCGAUAAAGCGAUCAAUGUUGUGAUACAAACACACUUUAAUGGUAAUUUAAACAAAAAUGCCGCAUUCUGUUUGAUGCAACGUGCAGUUGAUUUUCAAAACAAUGGCACAGUCACAUUUCGACGUGAUCCACGUCUUAAUUGUAUAAUACGAAGAAAAUUUGAAAAAUCUCAAUUUAAAAAUUAUUUAGAUGGUUUAAAAUGUCAAUUAAUGAUAUUACGUGCACGCAGUACACAUCAUACAUUGCGAUGUCAACACGAUAGAGAAUUUAUUGAAUUUUAUCGAAAAAAAUGUUCAACAUUUCAAUAUCAUGAAGUCGAUGGUGAUCAUUAUGUUCAUCUAAUUCAUCCGUCCAAUGUUUCAUCAUUGAUUAAUGAUUUUAUUAAUCUCAAUUAAUAAAUUGUUAGAAUUCAA